AGGCCGCUGCGCCCUUGAGAGGCGACCCUGCCGAGCCCGCUACGCCGCUUCCGUAGGGGAGCUCCGCUUAUUCCCUACUGAAAGUUACGGCGGCGGAAGCGGGGCGGCGCGGCCGAGGGACGCAAACGGCGUAGCGGGCGCCCGUGGUGGAACGUGUCGGUAGCAGCGGCGGCGGCGGCGGCAGGACGGAGCCCCCCACCCGGCCGAAGGCGGCCCAGGACGAGAGUGGGAUCUGUUCCCAGAUGGAUGGUAAUCCCUGAAGCCCCUUCGACCGCCUUUCCAAGUAGAAUCCGAGACUUCGCCAUGUGGCACAAGGCCCUGUGUGUGGCUGUGCUAGCCUUGGCCACCGGCUACGUCUUCUGGCUGGACCCCGCUUGGCCGGAUUUCCUGUGGGAGCAUCUCUCGGCACCCUUCCUGUACCGACUUCGGGGGGACCUGGGGUCCCCAGAAGGCAGAAUGGCAGAGGCCUGGGAUGCCCUCAUCACCCGGCCAGCCAAGCAAUGGAACAGAGUGGCUGUGGGGGUGAAUGCCUGCGUGGACGUGGUGCUGUCCGGGGUGAAGCUGCUGCAGGCCCUCGGCUUCCGCGGUGAGGCUGGGAAAGACCAUCCGGUCUUGCGUUCCGCUGCCGAACUGGAAGAAGCCUUCCUCCAUUUUAUGGGGAAGGGGGCUGCUGCGGAACGGUUUUUCAACGACGCGGAUGCCUUCCACCGCAUCGCGCAAACGGCGUCGAGUUACCCUGGCGCACAGUUGUAUGUUGGAGGAAAUGCUGCUCUCAUUGGCCAGAAAAUCGCAUCACAUCCAGACUUAAAGGUUCUGCUUUGUGGCCCAAUUGGGCCCAAGCUUCACGAAUUGCUUGACGAGAACGUAAUGGUCCCUCCAGAAUCACUGCAAGAAUUAGACGAAUAUCAUCUUAUUUUGGAAUACCAAGCAGGUGAAGAAUGGGGAGAGCUGAGAGCUCCCAACGCCAACCGAUUCAUCUUCUCCCAUGACCUGUCCAACGGGGCCAUGAACAUGCUAGAAGUAUUUGUGUCCAGCCUGGAGGAAUUUCAACCAGACCUGGUGGUGCUUUCAGGGUUCCAUAUGAUGGAAGGACAGACCAAAGAGCUACGCCAGAGUAGGCUCCGAAAGGCCGUAACUUCCAUUUCUGACAUUCCCACCGACGUCCCGAUCCAUCUGGAAUUAGCCGGUAUGACCGACCCAGACCUCAUGAGAGACAUAAUUCACCAGCAGAUCUUCCUUCUCGUGAGCUCCAUCGGGUUGAACGAACAAGAGCUGCUGUUCCUCACCCAGGCAACCUCGGGACCUCACUCCUCCUUAACUUCCUGGAACGGCAUCCCGGACGUGGCUAUGGUCAGCGACAUCCUCUUCUGGAUCUUGAAAGAACACGGGAGGACUUCAGCCAAGGCUUCGGAUCUCACCCGGAUCCACUUCCAUACUUUGGCCUACCACCUCCUGGUUACCGUGGACGGCUAUUGGGGCAACCAGGUGGCUGCCGUGGCUGCCGGAGCGAGGGUGGCAGGGACCCAAGCUUGUGCCACCCAGACCAUUGACGCCAAUAAAGUGUUCCUGAAGGCACCGCUGGAGUUUGCGACUUCCAAGACGGACGGGGCCUCCAGAGUCUCCUUAAACCCAAAGGAGCCCAUAUCGGUGUGGCACCGGAAUGGCAUCUCUUUCCAUUACACCCCCGUGCUGGUGUGUAAAAGCCCCCUGCGGACUGUGGGCCUCGGGGACGCCAUAUCUGCUGAAGGACUCCUGUAUUCGGAAAUCCAUCCUCACUAACCACCGAAUAAAGAGAUCACUCCAAAAUAUCGGACCAAGCAGGUACAGGCUGAGAAGUCAGAUUGGAUCAGGAACCAAAGAGGGUGGGUGUGGGUGUGGGUGGGUGGACGGACAAUAAAUGCUAUCCAGAAUUUGGGAUUUAUUGCCAUAGGAAUGUUUGUAACGCAACCGUCAGGGAGGAAGGUUCAUCCGAAGGGAGUCCUUUUUGGCCGGAGCACAAUAGCAAAGUGGUCUAUUAUUGUUAUUUUUUUGAUUAAGCCCAUUUAAUUUGCUAUAAUUUCUAAAGGGAGGUUGUUUGUGGUGCCUGAUUAUUCCAGGUGGGAUAUAGGAAUGCUUUUCAGAAUCAUAUCAGCCAGGCAGAAGUAAAAACAAGCUUCUAUACUUAUUUGGAAGAUCAAUGUAUUUCCCCUUUCACUUUCCUACUUCCAAAAGGGGCACCAGCCCAUUAAGAGGCGAGGAAAGGGUUUUCCUCUUAGGCUCAUAAAAGUGACUGAGGUUUGCUGUCAAAAUAUCAAAAGCAUUUCCUUCUAAUUCCUUCUUUCUUUUGUGGUUGCUACUUUCAAAGGUCUUGUCUUCUUGGCAAGGCGAUUCUCAAAUGCGAUGCAGUUUUAUCUCCUCUAAACAGUGAAGGCUGGGGGCAAGGACGAGAAAGGAGAGCCUACCGUAUAUUUCUGCUGACUUCUAAGCGUCGUACAAGAACACGUUGCAGUAACGUCUGUGCAAAAUGCCAAGCGUUCUGACCUAGGCUUCCUUAGAAAGUAUAAAAGCACAGUCUUAGUCCCGCAAUACCUCUUUUAUUUAUACAACUGUAAAUUACUUUCGUUUACAGUCUGCAAAGCUUGAGAAACAGUCAUUUCGGAGGAAGGUUAUCAACAGCCACCUAUCUCACGUGGAACGCUGCCAGAGAGCUAAUUUCCAGACGCAGGGCAAGGCCAAACUUGGCACAGAGUCACAAACAGAAUUUUCAAAUCUUGAAUCGGUCGGAUGAACUAAUUGCUUCCUGCAAAAGCUCGCUUCGUUUUUAUGUCUUAUGGGAGGGGCCAAUCAUCUCCAAGCCUUACUCCCAAGUCGACCCUGUUUUCUUAAUUGUUCUUGUCGUCUGGCAGCUUUGUGCAUGUGCACACUGGGAACAGGCUCCCGCUGUUCUUUUGCCUUGCUGUUGUCAGACUCUGGAGGCUGCACAAAACUCAGACGGCCUUGGCCCCCUCUCUGCCUCCGAUGCAGAGCUCUCGUCCCCAGCCCCCAGGACUGGCCCAAGUUCCUCCCCAAACUCCUCAUUGUCUGACUCUGCUGCCAGCUCUGCUGGCCGCCGGCAGUCCACAAUACCGAGGUAGCUCUUGCUUAAGCCUUAAAAUGGCUCCUAAUAAGCGACCACAAAUAAGGUGGUUUUUUUUUUUAUAAACUGAAGUUUGAUUAAAAAAACUGAGCUUCUAGCAUUUCUGGCUUGUUAUAUUAGCAUAAAGUCUUAGGCUCUCAGGAACGUAGACUUUAAUCAUUCGUUCCAUCAUUUUCUUUGCAGGACAGCAUAACGACAGUCCCUGAUAUGAGAGGGUCAGUCAUAUGAGUUAUUAACAUAAAUAAAAUCCAGAAUCUGCCAGUUGCUGGGCAAAAGCCAGCCCAGGUGCGAGGCUUGGUUGCAAAAAUUCAGAUUUAAAUCUGUGCUCAGUAAUUCCCACUCCGCUAUGUUAAGACUUCAGUGGUUGCCAUUUAUAUCGUGGUUGUGAGAGGAAGGAGUGGGUUUUAAGUCCCAGAGAGGAAGGGCGAGAUAAAACAUAUAAAUAACAACGGAACUGAAAUCUUCAGAUUGGCCUAUGAUUGUGAGAGAAUGGGAUUAAUGCCGGUAGACCUUAAUAAUGUACAGAGGGAGCUCUAGGCUUACAACCACGAUUGAGUCUGGAAUUGUGGCCGUAAGUUUUGGUUAAACAGAUUACCAUGUGGCUGCGCCCGAUUUUGCGAACUUUUUGUGGCUGUUAAGCAAAUCCGUUUUAUCCAAAGGCGGGGGCGGGGCGGGUUUGCCAGAAAGCAAAUGUCCGAAAUGGUCAAAAGCCACCAAAAAAUUAUGGUUUUAAGUAUCCCCAGAAUGCAACAAUCAGCCAUAAAUGUGAGCUAGUUGACAAGUGACCAAAAUAUAGUCACAUUCCUGGGGAGGGUAUCAGAACUGUAAAUCGAGUCGUAAGUACCUUUUGUGGGGUCCGUCAUAACUUCCAAGUGGUUGCUGAGUGACCUUCAUUAAGCAACGUAUUGUGUUCCGUUGACUUUCCCUUUUUUUUUAAAAAAAAAAUUAAAAUGUCAUUGUAAACUUAUUCAGACUCAAGGUUCAAUUAGAAAAAUAGCACCACCUGAAAAUUUUUUCUCAAGACAGUACGUUUUAUUUAUUCGUUUUCAAAGCGGGGGUACAUCAAGGGGUAGGCUUCAAAAAUUUUAGAACGGGGUUCUCUGCGCAGUUGCUGGGUGGGCGUGGCCAUGGUGGGCGUGGCUUAGUCUGCCUCCCACACCAUGGCCGGGGGUGGGUGGGUGCGUUUUUGCCCUCCACGGGCUACGGAGGCUUUCCUUGAGCCUCUGGGAGGGCAAAAACAGCUUCCCCAGGCUCCGGAGGGCCUCUGGAGGCCAGAAACGGGCCCGGACUUCCGGUAGGCCCAUUUUUCGCCCUCCCUGAGCCUCCGCGCACGCCCUGCACUUACUUGCAUCCAAAACGGGCUGUGUGGGGACUCCGGGAAGGGGAGGGGCGGGGCGGGGCCAGCCAGGAGAGGGAUUUGGGGGUUCUCCAAACUGCACAGAAUCUUAGCUAGAGGUUCUCCCGAACCCCUGCGAAGCCCCAGCAGCCCAUCCCUGGGUUCAUCCCUGUCCCUGGCUGAAAUUAUUAAAAUUUUGCAUUCCCGUGAAACGGACACGUUUUUAGACGGAAUAGAUGUUCACUUGAAACGCUUCUUCGGAUCCUGUUCUGGAAAAAUUGGAUCCUAUCUUUUCACCGGAAAGCAACGAUAACGGCUCGUAUCGAGACCGCCGGAGUGUGUGUGUGUGUAUGUGUAUGGACGUUUCAUACUUGUCAUUUCCAGGGUGCCGUUUUCUUUGCCUGACUGAAUAGGCGAGAACUCCAAUGGAAAUGGGACCCCUUUGGGUGGGCUUCUACUUGAAGUCCAGUUGGAAGAGAGAACGCCAGAAUGGUAGCAAUGAGGAACUAGCAGCUAAAAAAAUUAGAAGACUUGAAUAUGUAUUUUCUUUUUUUUAUUUGCACCUGCUCUUUUUUCAUGAGAAAUGGUGGCAGUUAAAUGUGCAGCUUCCUUCUACAGCAGGGGUGUCAAACACAAAGGGUUGUGUUUGACCUGGGGGGGGGGCGUGGCCAGGGUGGGCAUGGCCAGCUUGACAUCACUCGUGUCAGGGGCCCUUGUGGUGUCCUGAGUGCUCGCAGCCCUCCCGAGCUCCGUUUUCGCCGGCAGAGGGUUGCAGGAGGCCAUCGCAGCCGAAAACAGAGCUCGGGAGGGCUGCGCGCGGUCUACCCGAGCUCCGUUUUGGCUGACCGAGGCAAUGUGGGCUGGUCCUUUGCUGUUUCCAGGGCAGCCCCACGGGCCAGAUCUAAGCAUCCCGUGGGCCAGAUCCGGCCCCCAGUCCUUGAGUUUGACACCCCUGGUCUACAGAUUUUGCACUGCUUAUAACGAUGCACUGUUUUAAUUCCACAGGGGCCACUAUUUGGUGGCGAUGUGGGACAAACACUCCAUAGUUGUCGUUUCCGCUCCUUGUCUUAGUUCCUUUUAGAUUUCAAGGUCUAUUCCAUCUUGUACAAACGUAGCAAGCCUUUUUUCUUUUUUUUUAGCAAUUUAAUCCUAGUUAACAAUCAUCCAGGCUGGAUUGGGAGAUCCAUUGCCUGAUCUAACGUUCCAUUCCCAUGUUUCCUUAUCUGUGGCCUUUUUGCUUUACUGCAUUCCUUCUACUUUGGAAUAUAGCCAAGUUUACUUGAGAUCUUUUAAAGUGUAUUGUUUGUACUGAAAAAAAGUGUCCAUUUUUGGCAGAUCCUUGAUAGCUUUCCCUACCUGUUCCACUGGAAUAGAGUUUCUCAACAUUGGUCAAAACGUGUAGACUUCAGUUCCUAUAAUUCUGACUGAGGAAUUUGGCAAGGUUGAAAAACACCACGGUUGAGCAGCGGCCUCCAAACUUGGAAACUUUUAAGACUCGUGGACUUGAACUCCCAGAAUUCCCCAUCCAGUUUGAGGAAGUCCAUGAGUCUUAAAAAUUACCAAGUUUGGUGAACCCUGCACUAAAGCAAAGCAGCAAUACCAGUUGAAGAUUUACACAACUUCCUUUAUCCUCCUUCACGUGACCUCCUUCAAGUGUGGAUGGAGUUAAAACUCCCAGCUGACACCUGAGGUAGAAAUUCUGUAGUUGCCCAAAUAUAUUUGAAGGGGAGAACUGAGCUACAAGGUGAUGGCCCAGGCUGACUGCUAAAAGAAAUUAUAAUUACAGAUGUGUGAGCUUUUCUGAAUCCCAGGAGGCUUCUUCCUAUGGUUCCCUUGUACAUAGCCUUUACCUUAUCGUUUUCAUUCGAAUCAAAAGUAAUUCAUUGCAACCAUAUUAUCCAAAUUCUCAGGGAGCUGUUGGCUUGAGGUCCAAGUGUAGGAGAUGCAGUGCUUUAAACUGCGUAGAUUAAAUAGGUGUAAACCAGGGGCGUCCAAUCUUGGCAACUUUUAAGCACUGUGGACCUCAACUCCCAGGAUUCUCCAGCCAGCAUGGGGAAUUCUGGGAGCUAAAGUCCACAGGUCUUAAAGUUGCCAAGGUUGAGACAGCUUUAGGAUAAAGCAUUGGCAUCCAUUUUUCUUGGCGCCAGGCAGUUGUGAAACAUAGAGUUGCAAAACUCAACUGUGACGGGAAAACUGUGUCUUUCUCUUUUUCUUCUUCUUCCUUCCUUCCUUCCUUCCUUCCUUCCUUCCUUCCUUCCUUCCUUCCUUCCUUCCUUCCUUCCUUUCCAAUAAAUAAAUAGCAGGGAUUGAGUGGACCAUUUUUAAGAGCCUUCUCUGAAGAGAUGUCUUGAAUAGCUUUUCUUGCCAAAGUAUUCUGCCUGCACAGUUCCUAUGAAAUAAGUAUUUUUUUAAUCAUAUACGAGGUCUCGAUUAUAUAUAUAUAUAUAUAUGGGUGUAUAAAAAAAAAUCUUACAAUGCUGUGCAAUGGUGCUUUCAAUAAAUGUUGUUUUGCAUUUAAUGUACAAAA